AAUUGAAGGAGUUCCACACAUUUCAAACACUGCAACUGCUUACAAUGGUCCCACCCUUGCAGGAGAAGCUUUUCUUCAUUUUCUGCUCAUGUCGGGUCGGAUCAUAAGGUUUGAGCAUGUCGUCAUGGAUUUACUGGUGUUGUCCGCUAUAUAAAGGCACCGACAUCUUCUGCUACCUCAUCCCUCUUUCCCCUUAACUUUCCCCUCAUCACCAAAAACCAUCUCUCUCUGAGACAGGACGCACCGACAAAAUGAGCACCUCAACCCCCAGCUUCGCAAUCGCCCAGGCCGUAGGCCUAACCGGCGCCGCCUUCCUAUCCGGCAACAUUUUCUCCCUGAGCCUCAUGGGAGUCCCCCCGCUGAUCGAAGCCCACCACACGGAGAAGAUCCCCCUCUCGACCGUCGUGAAGCAGUGGCGCACCAUCUACACGUACGGCGCGCAGCGCGCCCCGCUCAUCGCCCUCAGCACCGCCUCCACCUUCCUGUACCUGGCUUGGAGCGUGCGCGAGAGCACCCCGCUGAGCCUGAUCACCGCGCGCCACAGCUCCAAGGUCUACGGCCUCGCGGCGGGGUUGACGCUGGGGAUCGUGCCGUUCACCAUCCUGGUGAUGAAGAAGACCAACGAUCGGCUGUCGCAGUGGGCCAAGGUCAAGACCGAGGCGGAGUGGACCCCCGAAGCGGACGCCGAGGUGGAAGGCCUGCUGUGGAGGUGGACCUGGCUGAAUGCCGCCCGGUCGGUGCUGCCGCUGCUCGGUGGCUUGGUGGGAUUGGGGGUGUUUGCUUGAUUUUUCGAUGUCGAAGUAUAUCUAUCUAUACUGGGAGUGGGAAGUGGUUCAAUGCUGUAUAUUAAUGUCGGAGUUAAUGGAGUUGGGAGUUACGAGUUUUAUCGCUCGGACAGAUUUGUGGUAGCUUUUUUAGCCGGUGGACGAGUCUGAUAAGCUUCACGAUAAGGUGUUGGCUUAUCAGGUGUCCGAUAAGCUUCGCUGCCUUGGUGCCUUGUCUGUCUUUGACAUUUGAGGUUCAGAUGCAGUUACUGGACCUGUCUGUAAUUGGAAGACACUUGGGUC